UAGAUAGCGGCCUGUGGGGGCCGAUGCCUGCAAAAGAUUUGAUGAGGCUUCAUGGCUUGGUGUUUCUGGUGACUGUUUGCAGUGAUUACUUAAUUGCCUAUAAUAUACUAAACCACAACUUAAUGCUAAGGGAGCCUCAUGUUUACCCAUUACCUUCUAGACCAGGGAUGACAGAUCCAUUGUAUGUCAUCCUCAAACGGCGGAACUAAAACCUUCACCAUUCCUUUUCGCCCAGGAACCUGUUUCCCUGACAACCUGAUAGUGGCCAUGUUUAAACAGACGCAGACUGUCUACACCGAGGAGACGGUCACCUCCUGGAGCAAAUGCCUCUCACUGAACAACGAGACCUUCACCAACUGCUCAGCUGCAGUGGAGACUGUCGAAUCUCUGGAUCUCGACUGCAGUAAUGCCACCAGGACGGAGCGUCGAGUGGAGCUGGGGACUAGGGAAGGAACAAACGUGCUCGGGAUCAUUGUGUUCACGGUGGCGUUCUCCAUGUUCCUCUCGCGGCAGGGGGAGAGGGGCAGACCCGUCGUGGAGGCAAUUGCAACACUCAACGAGGUCAUCAUGUCAAUUGUCAGACUCGUCAUGUGGUUUUCGCCCGUUGGAAUUGCCUCCAUAAUCAUGGGUGAAUUACUGAAAGUGGAAGAUUUCGUGGGUCUGGUUCAGCAGAUUGGACUCUAUAUGGUCACCGUUCUGCUGGGGCUGUUCAUACACGGCUGCAUCACCUUGCCCCUGUUGUUUCUGGUACUGACGAGGUCGAACCCAAUCAAGUUGGUGAGGCACACUGCACAGGCUCUCCUGACUGCUUUCGGGACAUCUUCGAGUUCUGCAGCUCUACCAGUCACGAUCCAGUGUCUGGAAGAGAAAGCUGGAGUUGACUCCAGAGUCACGAGAUUCAUGCUCCCUGUUGGAGCUACCAUCAACAUGGACGGCACAGCUCUCUACGAGGCUGUAGCCGUUGUGUUCAUAGCUCAAGUCGAGGGAGUAAACAUGAAUUUUGCCACACUUCUCAUUAUCUGUAUCACAGCCAUAGCAGCCAGUAUAGGAGCAGCAACAGUGUCCAGUGCAGGACUGGUGACAAUGCUGAGGGAGGGACUAGUGGACGACUCCCUACAGACCAGAACAGCUACACUAUCGACAAGCUAAGGAGUGGAACUAGCUAUGACAUCACUGUUACAGUAGUCAACCCUGCUGGGAACUCUUCCACCACCUUCACUCGCUCUACUGAGGGAGGAGGUGAGUUUCAGACAUGUGUCACUCAGAAACACAGCUCUACAGUCACUGCAAUGAAUGAUAAUUGGCGAGUGGGAGCGAGCCAACCUAUUAGUGGUACGAACGGCGCGGAAUUUUCCUCAUUGGCGAGUGGGAGCUGUAAUAGUGGUCUAAACGGCGCGAUUUAUAUACGUCAUAUACUAGUGGAAAUGUUGAACAUUGUUGGCGAGCGGGAGCGACCCAACUUGGGAUUUGCCCGCGAUGUUUGGGCUGCAUAACGUGCCGUCAGCACACAGCUUUCCUUUCGUGAAGCAAGACAGAUCUACCUGUCGCCGUUACAUGCGUAUUGUACAUUGGCAGAACGGUGAGCAGGUGAGCAGAACGGUACUUACCUUACGCUUUCAGCUCGUCAGUCGUGGUCCACCAGGCAACCGGCAUGCAGCAUGCUGCUGGUGCAACGAAGCCACUGGGAGGGAGGAGGAGGAGGUGAGUGGUGGUGAGGAGGGUGGGGGAAAAGGUGUUGAAAAAAACCAAAAGACACCUUCACAGACUCAUCAGGUCGAUUGGGAAGAGGAUGAUGGACUGAUGUCUCUUCCUUCUUUCUCAAGUGAUGAUUUUAUGGACAUGCACGUUGUGUAGUAGCUAGUUGUAUAGGAGUCGGUAUGUAGAUUUUUACUUCGCGGAAGAGGUCUCUUUCACGCAUGCGCAAAACCCCCGUGCUGCGCACGCGCGUGGAAAGAACCCAAAAGGUGCUUGCUUUGCUCAUCGGUACAGUGUAUGAAAGGAGAGCUAUCGCCGGACUGAACAAGAUCGAGUUCCUGUGACUGAUCACUCGUGUACCGUGGAAGGGGAUGAUGGCG